CAUAUGCAGAGCCACCUAUAGGGAGCAACAGGUUUCAACCACCAAAACCAGCUAAACCAUGGACUGGUGUAAGAGAUGCCACUAAAAUACGUCACUUCUGUAUACAAGACUAUGUUGCGGUGAAUGCUGCAUGUUCGGUAUUAAAGAUUCCCUUUUUGCAACCAAAUGACGCAAAAUUUUACUCAGAAGAUUGCCUUGAACUCAAUGUUUAUACUCCCGAUGUCAAUGCUAAACUUCCAGUCAUGUUCUGGAUAGCUGGUGGAGGAUUCAACAUUGCUUCUGGUCAUCUGUAUGAUGGAACUGCAUUGAGUGUAUUUAACAAUGUGGUGGUUGUUACUAUUAACCAUAGGCUUGCACAUCUAGGAUUCUUGAGUACAGGAGAUAAACAUAUGCCUGGCAACAUGGGACUCAAAGAUCAAGUUGAGGCACUCAAAUGGGUGAAACAAAACAUUCAUGCAUUUGGUGGAGAUCCCAAUACUGUGACCAUAUUUGGUGAAAGUGCAGGUUCAUGGAGUACAUCUGCACAUCUGGUGUCACCAAUGAGUAAAGGUCUCUUCAAGUAUGCUAUACUACA